AAACAAAGAGUGUCUCGUCUAAAUGGAGGCGUUACACUCUUCCAGGAUGGCUGCCUUAUGUCAUUCUCGUUGACCCAUUUCUCCUUUUAUCUCUGCAGUACGUCGUGGACUUUCUUCCAUUUGUCACAGUACUCAAUUGUAUUGUGUAAUGAUAUGGCUGUUCAAAGUUCAGCGAAUGUGGAAGCCCGUCAAGGGCAUGCCAAUGGCACCAUCGGGAAAAUGGACAAGAAAGCCAACAGCACUCCCAAGGACUUUGCGAGGGAGCGGUGCCCUGUAAUGGAUCCCAGGGUUGACUACUCCGGCCAUUUUGAGUUCGGGGGCUCUCUGGGGACUUUGGCUCUCAUGAUCGGCUUCCCCCUUCUGAUGUACUACAUGUGGAUUGGAGCCACCUACUACGAUGGCAAAUUACCACUACCAAAGGAUGGCCAGUUAUGGGGAGACUUUGGCAGGCAUAUGGUGCACCUUGUCUACUCGGGGGCAUUUCCUCAUGCUAGGGCGUGGCGCAUCUACUGGACCUACUAUAUCUUCGAGGCUGCAUGCUACAUCUUUCUCCCGGGCUUCACUUCUUAUGGCAAGCCAUUGCCUCACCUGGGUGGGAAACAACUCGUCUACCACUGCUCUGCCUAUACCAGCUUCUAUGUCACCAUCUUAGUGAUGGCGGUUUUGCAUGGCACCGGACUAUUCCCCAUCUACACCUUUCUGGAUGAAUUCGGUCCCCUCAUGUCGGUUUCGAUCAUUUCCGGCUUCCUGGCCAGUUACUUUGCCUACUUCUCUGCGUUUGCCCGCGGUGCCCAACACAGAAUCACCGGCUACCCGAUCUACGAUUUCUUUAUGGGCGCCGAGCUAAACCCACGCCUCUUCGGCAUCCUGGAUUUCAAGAUGUUCCAUGAAGUUCGCAUCCCAUGGUUUAUCCUCUUUGGUUUAACCUGCGCCGCCGCCGCUCGUCAGUACGAAAACUAUGGCUAUGUCUCAGGCGAGGUCAUGUUCCUCGUCAUGGCCCAUUUCUUGUACGCCAACGCAUGCUCCAAAGGGGAACACCUCAUCACGACCACCUGGGACAUGUACCAGGAGAAAAUGGGCUUUAUGUUGAUCUUCUGGAACAUGGCCGGUGUCCCCAUGUCCUACUGCCACUGCACGCUGUAUCUUGCCAACCACGACCCAUCUGUCUACGCAUGGAACAAAUAUGCCCUAGCCUCAUUUUUCCUGGCCUACCUCUUCGUCUACUGGGUAUGGGAUACGGCGAACAGCCAUAAGAACUCCUUCCGAAUGAUGGAACGCGGCACGUUCGUGAAGCGCAAGACCUUCCCCCAGCUUCCGUGGCAGGAGAUCUAUAACCCUCGGACCAUCGCAACCGAUACGGGAGACAAGAUCCUCGUCGAUGGUUGGUACGGUUUAGCCCGUAAGGUGCACUAUUCCUGUGACAUGUUCUUUGCUCUCGCCUGGGGUUUGAUUACCAGCUUCGAGAGUCCGUUUCCCUGGUUUUAUCCCGUGUUCUUCUGUGCCAUGAUUGCGCACCGUGCGAUGAGAGAUAUCCACCGAUGCAGACAGAAAUAUGGUGAUGCGUGGAAAGAGUAUGAGAGACAGGUUCCUUAUCUCUUUAUCCCAGUAAGUCGGGUUACGGCAACAAGAGUUCUAUUAUUCGACGGCCUCUUGCUAACACAGAGAUAGUACGUGAUUUAAAUAAGGUCAGUGUACAUUGUUGUUGUAGUUAUUACCCAGCAGCUCUGGUGCGGAUGCCAUUUUUCCAUACACGAUUUCGCGCCGUGUAUGCAUGCAUGCAUAGACAAUAUUCUUCCAAUAAUAAUAUUAAUCCAGUCUCCCCUUAUUUACCAGUUGCCAUAGCCCAUAUCCAGUCUCUACUUGCCAACGACUACCAGAAGUUCCAAUAUAGGAAUAAAUAUAAAAACUGUCUGUG